CUCGACCCUCCUGUCUAGCUGCCAGAGCAGUCUUGAGCAAUCCGCCAUGUCCAAGAUUGAGCUAAACGCGGGACUCUUCUCAAAACGUCUUCGCACCGUCUAUGAUGCGUGGAAUAAUGCGCAAAAAGAGGACGAGUACAGCUCUAUAUCAGAAGUUGGCGCGCUCCUGCUUGUUGCUGGAGAUCCUGCUGGAGAGGAUGAACCAAUUCGCAAGGGCACGGCGUUCCAGACAUGGCUCCUGGGCUUCGAAUUCCCAUCUACCUUCCUUAUGUUUGAGAAGAACAGGCUUUCAAUACUCUGCUCGGCCUCAAAAGCUAAAAUCCUGUCUCAACUGAAGAACUCGAAUGCUCCCGUGCCGAUCGAGUUCUUCGUCCAAGCCAAGGCGAAAGAGCCCCCGACCGACGCUGUUCCCCGGUUCCUUGAGGCCUACGUAUCCCUCGAUCAGGUAGCCACCCUGACCAAAGAGCAGCAGUCCGGGAAGCUGGUGGAUGAGUGGAAUAAGGCAGUGUCAGAUGCCGAGAAGAAGCCCACUCUGGUGGAUAUGGCUCCCGCUGUGGCAUCGUUCCUUGCAGCCAAGGACGAGGAGGAGCUCAAAAGCAUACGCGUUGCAUCAACCCUUACCUCCACUCUGCUCUCGCACUACGUUGCCCCCAAGCUAGAAACGAUAUUGGACCGAGAGGCGAAGAUUUCUCAUGAGACCUUCGCCACGCAAAUCGAGGCCAGGAUCGGAUACGGCGAAGGCGACAAAGCCAAAGGCCCCGACAUGAAGGUUUGGAGUAAGGGACGGGGACUGAACGACGUGGACUGGGGGUCUACCGAGUUCUGCUACCCUCCUAUCAUCCAGUCACAAUCGACGAGUACGGGCUAUGAUCUAAGCCCCGUGGCUGAGUCUUCGCCAGACGACGUCUCGCACAAGGGCGUCUUGCUCGUGUCCGUCGGCAUGCGGUACAGAAGCUACUGCGCGAACCUUGGCCGAAGUUUCAUCGUUGAUCCAUCGAAGGAGCAAGAAGCCAUCUACUCUCUUCUAGUCUCGCUUCAGUCAGAAGUUCUCUCACGCAUGAAAGAGGGGGUCGUCUCCAAGGAGUUGUAUCAGUCCGCGCUUUCUUACAUCAAGGAAAAGAAGCCCGAACUAGAAUCCCAUUUUGUGAAGAACAUGGGCCACGGUAUGGGCAUGGAAUUCCGUGACGCCUCAUACCUCCUGUCUCCGAAGAACAACCGGAAGCUGCGUGCCAACAUGGUCUUCAACCUUGUCCUGGGAUUCACCGGUCUGGAGGAAGGUGGCAAGAAAUAUGCUCUCCAGCUCGUAGACACUGUGCUCGUCGGCGCUGACAAGGCCACGUGUCUAACGACUGGUGUCAAGUCCGUCAAGGACACGCUGUUCUUUCUAAACCAGGACGAGGCUGAGGGCCAGCCGUCCAAGGCGCCGGCCAAGAAGGCUCCCACGGCGAAGGCCAACGGUAACGCCUCGCCCACCAAACACAAGACGGCCGGCGGGAAGGUUCUUCGCAAUAAGACAAGAAGCGCCGCGCAGGAAGAUUCAGUACAGUCUAUGUCGGCUAAGAUCGCAGAACACCAGCGUGAACUGCACGGGAGGCUGCACCAGGAGGGCCUCGUGCGAUUCUCUGAGAGCGGCGGUGGACUUGGUGGCAAAGAGGGCAAGGGCUGGAAGCGCUUCCAGAGCUACAAGGGCGAGGCAGGCCUGCCGCGUGAAGUUGAAACUCUCCGGAUUUAUGUAGACCGGAAGGCUCAGACGGUGGUAUUGCCCGUGCAUGGUUACGCUGUUCCAUUCCACAUCAACACGAUCAAGAACGUCAGCAAGAACGACGAGGGCGAGUUCACCUAUCUCCGGGUCAACUUCCAAACACCAGGUCAGCUAGCCGGGAGGAAGGAAGAUACACCCUUCGAAGAUCCAGACGCUACUUUCAUCCGCUCAAUCACAUAUCGGUCUCCGGACGGGCACCGCUUUGAUGCGAUUUCGAAGCAGAUAACCGACAUGAAGAAGGAGGUUAACAAACGCGAGCAACAGAAGAAGGAGAUGGCGGACGUCAUCGAGCAGGACACGUUGGUCGAGGUCAAAGGACGGCGCCCAACUAAGCUGCCUGAAGUUUUCGUCCGGCCAGCGCUGGAUGGCAAACGCCUUCCCGGCGAGGUCGAGAUACAUCAGAAUGGUCUCCGCUACCAGUCGCCUAUGGGCUCGCAGAAGAUCGACAUCCUCUUCAGUAAUGUGAAGCACCUCUUCUUCCAGCCGUGCGACCAUGAACUUCUGGUCAUUAUCCACGUACAUCUCAAGGCGCCAAUCAUGAUCGGGAAGAAGAAGGCGCAUGACGUCCAAUUCUACCGCGAAGCGUCCGACGUUCAGUUCGACGAGACGGGUAACCGUAAGCGCAAGUACCGGUACGGCGACGAGGACGAGCUGGAGCUGGAGCAGCAAGAGCGGAAGCGACGCCAGAUGCUGAACAAGGAGUUCAAGCUUUUCUCCGAGAAAAUCGCAGAGGCUGCGACGGCUUCGGUACUGCACUUGCCUUAUCUAUAUCCUCGUUACGGCUCGCUGACUUCAAUUCAGACCGGUGACACGUUGGAGCCUGACAUCCCGUUCCGCGAGCUGUCGUUCGAAGGUGUACCUUUCCGCACCAACGUUCGUCUGCAGCCCACGACGGAAUGCCUCGUGCAUCUCUCUGACCCGCCGUUCCUUGUUGUCACUCUCUCGGAUAUCGAGAUCGCGUCGCUAGAGCGCGUACAAUUCGGACUGAAACAGUUCGACAUGGUGCUUAUCUUCAAGGACUUCACAAAGGCGCCGCUCCACAUCAACUCCAUCCCCAGCUCGCAGCUUGAUGAUGUGAAGAACUGGCUAGACUCCGUGGACAUACCCCUGAGCGAGGGACCCGUCAACUUAAACUGGGGGCCCAUCAUGAAGACCAUCAACGAGGACCCAUACGAGUUUUUCCAGCAGGGCGGCUGGAGCUUCUUGGGCGGUGCUGCGGCCGGGGAGGAGAGCGAGGCCGACGACGACUCUGACACGGAAUCAGAGUUCGCGGCGUCGUCUGCUGAUAUGGAGAGCUCCGAGAGCAGCCAGGAGGAGAGCGCCUACGAUGACGGCUCAGACGCGAGCGAUGAUGAGGGCAGCGGCUCUGACUUUGGCUCUGAGGAGAGCGAGGGCGAUGACUGGGACGAGCUUGAGCGCAAGGCGGCGAAAGCUGACAAGAAGCGCAUCGAGACAGGUCGUGGGCACGAAUCCGACGACUCGGAUCGCCCCGCGAAGAAGUCUGCUGCGAAGCCGAAGGCCAAGGCGAAGGCAAACGGCAAGCGGUGAGCGUCGGGAGGGCGGUCGAUGCCUUGACUCUAUGU